AUCUCAGCUCUAACCUCUUCACCUUGCGAUGAGAGAUCAAAACAAUGUACGGAGAGCUCGGUAACAAGCUUGCACAACAUGCAAAGCGCACACAGUCCUUGGCUCAUCUUCCACCAUACCAGACGGACAUUGUCCGCGCUGUGACGCGAGAGGUACGCGACUUGGACAAAGACGUUUCAAACAUCCUGGAGCCCUUCGCAGGAUCAUUCAACCCAGCGACGGAGCCGGCAACCGCGUGUGCAUUGCUUGUGAACCACCUUUGUAUGCGCAGAGAUAAGCGAUGUCUAUUGGCUUAUCAUCGCGUGCGCUCCGACAAGCUUGAGGAGAUGUGCUGGAGCGGUAUCGAUGCCCUCGAAAGGUCUCAGCAGCAAAAUCCCACUAGUGGAUCUGGGGAAGGUAGUGGUAAUGAUGGAGCUGGGAACUCUAGCAGCCUUAGUCCGGAAGAGGAGGAAUAUGUACGGCAGUACAGUGACUUGCUGGCAGCCUAUAAGGGCCAGUAUACAGACGUUGAUCUAACGGGUAGCCUGCAGCCUCCACGGGAUCUCUUUAUAGAUGUCCGAGUGCUAAAAGAUGCCGGGGAGAUCCAAACUGAAUAUGGGGCUAUCACUCUUACGAAGAAUAGCCAAUUCUAUGUUCGGCAGAGCGAUGUUGAGCGUCUCAUCGCGCAAGGUUAUCUUCAACGACUGAGCUGAUUUGAAGAUUCAUUGCUUUGGAUCACUUCCAAGACCAACGCAACACCCAAGCAGUGGCCUGUAGCUUUCAGCUAUCAGCAAAACGUAUUCUUCCGAC